AUUUGCCAUUAGCCCAUUCUUCCGUUCGAACCUUUCCAUUUUCAUAACAUUGACUGAGCUCCAUAACCCAUUUUCCUUCUUUCUUUCUCUUCUUCUCUCUCAAGAACAAAACCCACAUUUAAAUUUUGAGUAAAAAGGAGAAGAAAGAUGAAAUCAAGGAGAAAUUUGUGAUUUUUUUUUUAAAAAUAGAGGAACCCCAUUUGAAAAAUUUGUUUAAUUUUUUUUUUUUUUUUAUAUACACAAAUUGGAAUUGAAAUGGUAGGUCCCUUAUGAACAGUUUAAUUCGGCCGCCCGAUUUGUCGUCUCUCUCGUCUCCGUCCACCACCGUCGUUUCCUUUCUCUUCCCUUUGCGAUUUUGACCAUCAAACACUAUCUCUCUCUUUCUCUCUUUUCUCUCUCUCUCUCUCUCUCUCUCUCUCUCUCUCUCUCUCUCUCUCUCUCUCUGUACUUUGUCUUUCUUUUAUUUCUCUAUUAUCCUUCCCUUGAUCUCCCUGCCUUUCUGAGCGCUCUCUGUUCCUCUUAUUUCUGAAAGGAGCCGUCUCUUCAAUGUCCAGUGAAGAACCCAAAACGAGGAAUCAAUCAGAGAGAGAGAGAAAAAAAGGGUGUAAAGGGUCUUGUUUAACUCCAAUAGAAGUACUGUCAAAAGGGUUUUGUUUAACUUCAAUCAUCGCUUUAGAUUGAUUGAGGAACUUGGAGAAGAAGGGGGGGUUAAGGUUUGGGGUUAAGGGGAGAAACCCAUUUUGUUGUUUGUUUGUAUUGUUAUGAGAAUCAGAAGUUUGUUGAUGCUUCUUUGAGUGAAGAUCACUGCCUCUGUUCUUAACCCUUGUUUGAUUUUUGGGUUUUGGGUGUGAAGAAAGGAGGGGGAGAUGGCUGGGAGUAAUGAAGUCAACCUUAAUGAAUCUAAGAGGGUUGUUCCACUGAAUACAUGGGUGCUUAUCUCCAAUUUCAAGCUAGCUUACACCAUCCUCCGCCGUGCGGAUGGAACAUUCAACCGUGAAUUAGCCGAGUAUCUUGAGCGUAAAGUUCCAGCGAAUGUGUUUCCGGUUGAUGGGGUUUUCUCAUUUGAUCAUGUCGAUCGAGCUUCUGGCCUUCUCAACCGAGUUUAUCAGCUGGCCCCAGAGAAUGAAGCUAAAUGGGGCAUCAUUGAUCUUGAGAAGCCUUUAAGCACUACAAAAGUUGUUCCUGUCAUUCUGUUUUUUCAUGGUGGCAGUUUUGCUCAUUCAUCAGCCAACAGUGCUAUCUAUGACACCUUUUGCCGCCGGAUUGUAAGCGUUUGCAAGGCAGUUGUAGUCUCGGUUAACUACCGGCGAUCGCCUGAACACCGAUAUCCAUGUGCUUACGAAGAUGGCUGGACUGCUCUCAAAUGGGUUAAAUCAAAAACAUGGUUGCAAAGUGGGAAGGAUUCCAAGGUUCAUGUGUAUUUGGCUGGAGACAGUUCUGGUGGCAACAUUGCUCACCAUGUUGCAGUGAAGGCAGCUGAAGAAGACAUCGAGGUACUAGGCAACAUCCUUCUUCACCCUAUGUUUGGAGGCGAAAAGAGAACCGAAUCGGAGAAGAAACUCGAUGGUAAAUACUUUGUAACCAUUCAAGACCGAGAUUGGUACUGGAGAGCUUAUCUCCCUGAAGGAGAAGACAGAGAUCAUCCAGCUUGUAACAUUUUUGGCCCCAAAGCCAAAAGCCUAGUAGGACUUGACUUCCCUAAAAGUUUAGUUGUCGUUGCCGGUUUGGAUCUAAUGCAAGAUUGGCAACUCGCAUACGUGCAAGGCCUAAAAGACUCCGGUCAUGACGUGAAACUCCUCUUCCUCGAGCAGGCGACAAUCGGGUUUUACUUCUUGCCAAACAAUGAACAUUUCUACUGUCUAAUGGAAGAGAUAAACAACUUCAUCAACCCUUAACUGUUAAUACAACCAGUUAACUUUACAACCCAAAAAAGAGGAAAAAGAAAAGUAAAAAAAAAAAAAAACAACAAAAAAACAAAAGCUGCCACACCUAACAGAAGCUUUGACAUAUAUAUGACUUGGGUUUCUUUUCUUCCUUUUGUUGUAAUGCUUUGUAGUUAUAUAUAUAUGAUAUAAUAUGAUAUAUAUAUUUAUAUAUAUAUAUAUAUAUAUAUAUUUACUUACAAUAUUUUACCACUUAUGGUACUUAAUUAACAUCUUGGGGUUCUGCUUCUUUGCUGCUGCUGCUGCUUAUUGAUAGUCAGGAGCUAAGUGGCCAAAUUCAUAGAGCUGAGAUGAGAAGAAUGAAGAGUCUGAAAGAGCAGAAAGUUCAGAUGCCAUAAAUCCCAAAAAGUUUGCCUGCCUGACUCUUCCAGCCAUCAAACAAAGUGAGUGUGUGAAGUGUAGGGGUAAAUUUUUGUUGGUUUCUCAAUCUUUUGAGGAAGAAAAAUAUGGGCAUUCUGAUUGAUUAGCACUAAUUUUUCACAAACUAAGGUUUGGAGUAUGGUCCAUCUUUUGUUUGUGAAUUGUAUGUUAUACUUGUGGAUUUAGAUCUAAAAUAUAAAGGUUUUUGUUUGUGUA